UCUCUGAUGAUGUUUACUGGCGCAAGGGCGGGACAACCUGUCACUCACAUGACAUCACAGCAAUAGCAAACCACAACCAUCCAAUCAAUUCCAGAUGGAAAAAUCAUCAAGUCUACAUUUUUUCUAGCUUGAGAAGCCAUUUCACUUGGAUAUACAUCACAAUAAAGAAGAAAAGACUAUCGCAACUGUGUCAACUGAUCUAAUGUCACAUGUUUUUGUUUUCACACGUUGACCACAGAUUUCUUUGUCACUAGCUUUAAAAAGAAGACGAGUGCUAACUAUCUACACAGGAACAAGGGACACAAUUGUUUAAAGCUUGACGGUUAAAGAGAAGAAAUGUCUGAUAGUAUUUAUGACAAUGUGAUCCGGACUGAGUCUGAGGGAAUGAAGACAGAUAGAGUGGAGAUGACGGUAGAAAUCUAUGAGAGUGCAGAUUGUGUGAGAGAUCAUGACUUCAGGACAGAGACAAACACACACCAACCACAGCGUACAGGAAGUGAUUCUGUGAGGAACAGAAGCUCCAGAGCCGCUGCAGUGUGUUUGGUGUUGCUGUGUGUUCUUCUGCUGACUGCAGUCAUAGUGCUGUGUGUUCACAUCCAUACAAAGAGCACAAACUACACAGAAGAGAGAGACCAGCUACUAACCAACAUUACCAGACUCACGGAAGAGAGAGACCAGCUAAUAUUCAAGAACAGAGGCCAGCCAAUAAAUGAUCUUCAGAGUUAUUAUGGAUGGACUUACUAUAAAUCCAGUUUUUACUACAUGCCGAAUGAGACGAAGAACUGGAAUGAGAGCAGAAGAUACUGUACAGAGAGAGGAGCAGAUCUGAUCAUCAUAAACAACACAGACGAACAAGAUUUUGUUAAGAACAUGACUGGUAAAGCUAUAGUCUGGAUUGGUCUGACUGACAGUGAAGUGGACGGCACAUGGAAAUGGGUUGAUGGAAGCACACUGACCUCUAACUUCUGGGCGAAUGGAGAGCCUAAUGGACGUACAAAAGAGAACUGUGUCCUGACUGUGGCUGUACCUAAAUUGCCAGAGUGGCCUAAAUUAGUAGGGUGGCUUGAUGAUGCAUGUACUAAACCUUUUCAAUGGAUCUGUGAGAAGAGUAUUUCACAACUCAUACUGCCAUAGAAAUAUCACACACCUUUUUUGAUGCAA